GCUUUAGCAUGUUAACUACCAAGCUACUAUAGUAACUUAUUGUUCAGGUUUCGUGUUUCUGGUUUUGGAUGAUGCUUUGGGAAUUUGCACCGUUCACGUCUUUUACGAGAUACGGAUUAUGAAGACAAGUAUUACGCAUGGUGUAGGAGUCCCAUGAUGUUGAACGCAACAAACGAAACGCAAAAUCUUACAUCACCCAGGCAGCUCGGUAACAACUACCCGAAUAACUUGCGUUGUAUUUGGAACAUAACUGCCCCGCCUGGUAUGCUGGUUCGUUUUACCGUACAUACUUUAAGAACGGAAAGAUGUUGCGACUAUUUACGAGUUAGAUGGAAUACCAAUGUCCUGGUUCUGCGUGAUAGAAGAUCAAAUAUAGCGUUCGUGAGCAACGCUAUUAACCUUUACUUCAGAACGGACAUUUCUAUAACAAUGCCAGGUUUUGUUGCAAGCUACAUUGUUGUCAACAACACAGAUGGCUCAUACAUCCCCACACCUGUCACAACCAUCGCGCCAUGUGGAUUUCAAGCCAGCGUCAUAAAUAUUUCACAACCUCUCAACUCACCUGGCUAUCCUGGACACUACAGCAAUUAUCUUACCUGCAAUUGGUACCUAACAGCUCGACCCGGCUAUUUCGUACAAUUUACAAUUUUACAGUUUAACACGGAAGGUUGCUGUGACCGACUGCAGAUUUAUGGGUCAUACCCAUACAUGCGUCGAUUUGCAGGCUACGUCACCAGAAGUACAACAGUGGUGUCUGUAAACAACACAAUGCGUUUGUAUUUCAGGAGUGAUGGUAGUGUAACAAGAACAGGGUUCCAGGGUUAUUUUACAGAAACUUCAGUUGCCAUGACAACCCCGGCUCCAACCACAACAACACCACCCACAACUCAAGCUCCUUGUGGUAGAAACCUGACGGCAACCAAUGUGUCACAAGAUUUCUACACUCCUGGUUGGAGUUCAAGAUACAGAAAUAAUCUUAGAUGUUAUUGGUAUAUACAUGCAAGGCCAGGAUGGCAAGUUUACAUACAAGUUGUCAGUGUUGAUACUGAAAGCUGCUGUGAUACGAUGCGGAUUACAAGUACCAGCGACUCACUUAGCAACUCUUUAACCUUACGUGGUGUGAGCUCUAGAACCCUAAACUUUAUCAGUCGAGGAAACAGUUUCUUUCUCACUUUUUUCACGGAUUCUUCUGUUACUCGAAGAGGAAUUCACUUUACAUACCAAGAAACACGGAACAACCAGAUACCUACCACACCAGUUAUACCUAAUCCAGAGCCUUGUGGGACAAACUAUGAGGUUUUAUCUUCUGAACAACCACUCAGAUCCCCUAACUAUCCAAACCCAUAUCUCAGCAGCAGGGUUUGUGUGUGGAUACUUACAGCUCCUCAAAACUCAAGGAUCAAACUCAGACUUAGUUCAUUUUCAACUGAAAACUGCUGUGACACCUUAGAUAUUACUAACAUUACAAACAUGGGAGUUGUUACAUUGGGUGGCGAUCUCUCAAGCACAGUUUAUUAUUCAAGCACGAACAUGAUGACUUUGACCUUUAGAACUGAUGAUAACAAUGACAUGCAAGGUUUUGAAUUUUUCUUCUCAAUUGCAACCGGACCAAUUCCUACACAGAGACCUGCAGUUGCCCCUACCAACGGAAACAAUCAACAAGUUCAACUGGCCACCACCAGCAAAGCAAGGAUUCUUCACCCAGUUAACACAGGCUUAGUAUUUGCUGUUGCUUUCUCAAUAUAUUCACUAUUACUAUAAUAUCCCAUCAUUGUGUUAUAUCUGUAUUCUGUAUAUGUUGUUACCAGGUGUAUUAUAACUGUGAAGAGAUUUUCCGGUGUAUGGCGGGGCAACGUUGACCCUUCAGAUCACAAACAAAUAUGUUCUGUAAAAUCUUUUCCCCAUUUAUAUUAUAUCUGUCUGUGUUCUAUAAGAGACCUCUUGCAUAAACUUCAUAACACAAACAUACAUUAGCCUUACUUGUUUAAACCUCUGUAUUAGCUUGUGUUACCUUAUUUGCCAAACAAACCAUAAUGCAAGGAUCUGGUGCUCGGAAAACGUAACCGACAAAAAUCUAGCCCACCCAAUUGUUAUGUCUUUUUUAAAUCGAAAUGACUGACAAUGCUAUUUAGGCAAAAUAUAUAUCUUUUAUAUAACAAUUGGUUGGACUUGAUUUUUGUCGGUUCCGUAAUCGUAGCACCAGAUCCUGACCAUAUUUUACACAAGAAUUGUUUAACUCUAUGAGCACCAGAUCAGGGUUAGACUCACAGAAGUUACGUAUCUGGGCAAUAUAUAUACAACUGUACCAACCGGCCAUUUUAUUCUGUAUACCAUGAUUAUGUAUUAUAGAAACGCUCCGGACAUACAAAAAACAUAUUCUUUGUGUUAACUACAAAAAUCGCAUUAAAUAUAAAUAAUGUUCAUUAAAACAAA